UAUGGACCCCCCCCAUUUCAUAUAUGGACCCCCCCCUCACUUGAACCCCCAUUAUAAACAAAGACCCCCCCAUUAGCACCCCACUGCCGCCAUUUUGGGUCUGGACCCCUUCAAGAUGGCCGCCUGGCCGCCAUUUUGGAUCUGGAUCCCCCCCCAAGAUGGCCGCCACCCUUUCAAGAUGGCCGCCUGGCCGCCAUUUUUGAUCUGGACCCCCCCCCACAGUAGGGACCAGGACCCCCCCCCCCCCCUUUGAUGUUAAUGAAGUUAUUAUUAAUUGGGGGGGGUCUUUGUUAAUUAGGGGGGAGGAAUUAAUGAUGGGGGGGAUCCUGUUGUUUGAGGGGGGGUCAUGUUAAUGAGGGCAGGAUAUGCUAAUGAAGGAGGGAUAUGUUAAUGAGGGGGUUCCUUUCAUUCAUUCAUGUUAAUAAGGGCAGGAUAUGUAAAUGAGGGGGGUCUUUAUGUUAAUGAGGGCAGGAUAAUUAAUUAAAGGUGGUCCUUUUGUUAAUGAGGGCAGAAUAUGAUAAUGAGGGGGGGUCCUUUUAUUAAUGAGGGCAGGUUAUGUUAAUGAGGGGGAUCCUUCAGUUAAUGAGGGCACGAUAUGUUAAUGAGGGGGGGCUGCCAUCGUUAAUUAUUGUUAAUGAAGGGGGGGGUUAAUUAAAAUCGUGGGACCUCGUUGUCCGGCUGUUCGUUCCUCGGCCGGGAUUCGAACCCUCGGCCUUUAAGGUAACGAGUCCUCCGGGCCGCUAGGGGGCGCUGUUAGAGGGAGGAGAAACGAACGGCCGGAAGCGGCGCUCGAACCGGAAACGGAAAUCAAAGCGGCGGAAGCGACGCUCUCCGAAGCCGAAGGGGAAGAAGAACCGCGAUGGCGGAGGAGGGCAAGGGGGGAUACAGCGGUGAGAUAUGGGGAUACAGCGAGCACGAUGACCGCGUUGUUGGCCGCGGUUUCUCUGGUCGCCGUAAGAAAGGCCGGGGUCCGUUCCGCGGGAAGAUGUACAGCGAGAUGAACCGCAACAGCCGCAACCGGGGGGGAACCGGCCCCAGCAGCAGCCGACAGAGACAGGACGAGGACGACGGGGACGUGGCCAUGAGCGACGCGCACGACGCACCACGGGGACGAUAUUUGCCCUAUGGGCCCCGUCCCAGCCGUGCCCGCCCACCUAGACGGUGCGUCGUGAUCUUUCCCCCCACCGGAUCGAAGGGAGGGCGGCUCCACGGGACGGAGGACCGCAGGAACUGGGUUCAAAAUCGACGGUGA